UAAAACAAAAGUUCUAUUUACUUAUUGAAAAAGAAACAGAAACUAUUUAGCACACACUUGGUUAGGGUUCAGGUUAUAAUAUAUUUACUCGUUCUAGCACAAACAAACUUGGAUUUUAAAUUUUUGUUCUGCUUGCGAUUGCUGUAUCGAUGGAACAGUUUCCCCACACGUUCUUACUGGAAUUCGCAUUGUUGUCGCUGGAGACGAUGGAACUGGCAAGUCCAGUCUAAUCGCUACUUUCGCUGCCGGAAACUCUGUCAAGGAUGUUCCGCCGGUAUUGACUCCCACCAUCCUGCCUAAAAGCAUGUCUCCCGACGGGGUGCCAUUCACAAUCAUCGACACCUCUUCCCGUCCUGAGGACAGUGAUAAAGUUGAUGAAGAACUAUUGGCUGCUGACGUAAUCAUCCUCACCUAUGCAUGUGAUCGCCAAGCCACACUUGAAAGUCUGACUGCAUUUUGGCUCCCUCGUCUUCGCGAUUUGGGGGUAAAAGUUCCAGUUAUAGUUGCUGCUUGUAAGCUACAACAUGAAAAUCAGAAGGCAGGCAUAGAAGAGGCGAUGCAACCAGUAAUGCAACAGUUCCCAGAGAUUGAAAUUAGCAUUGGGUGUUCAGCAUCUAUGAAUUUGAAGGUUCUUGAUGUUUUCAGCUUUGCCCAAAAGUCGGUUCUUUAUCCACUGGAGCCUUUAUAUUUUCGAAAUUCUAACACUCUCAAACCUCGAUUUGCCCGGGCUUUAAAGCGGAUUUUCAUCCUAAGCGACCGUAACAGAGAUAGCUCACUUAACAAUGCUGAAUUUAAUGAUUUUCAGGCUAAAUAUUUCAUAGGUCCGGUGCCACAAUCUGCAAUUCAGCUUCUAGUGAAGUAUUUAAGGAAAAAAUAUCCUGAAGGUGUCAAUGAACAUGGACUUACUUUAGCAGGAUUUCAAUCUUUACACGCUGAUUUCAAGAAAAUAUGGCACCGGGAGGUACCGUGGGCUAUGCUAAGAAAGUUUGGGUAUAUGGAUGAUAUCAGACUUGCUGAUCAUCUAAUUCCGCCUCUGACACGUGCUCCCGAUCAGAGUGUCGAGUUGACAAAUGAAGCUUUAGCCUUCUUGAAGAAAGUAUUUGUUGAAUUUGAUGUCGAUUGUAAUGGGAUUUUGCAACCUGAAGAACUUGAAGAAUUGUUUUUUACUGCCCCAGAAAGUCCCUGGACCGGACCUCCCUACAAGGAUGCUGCAGAUGAGAAUGUUGUAGGUGAGAAUGGAAUUACAGGACUAUCACUUGAAGCAUUUUUGUCAAAGUGGGCACUCAUGACACUUAUAGACCCAACUUUUAGUGUGAAGAAUCUGCUUUACAUUGGUUACACUGGCGAUCCAUCAUCUGCUAUCCGCGUGACUAGGAGGCGAAGUUUUGAUCGCAAAUUGCAGCACUCGGAACGAGACGUCAUUCAGUGCUUUGUUUUUGGGCCCAGGAGUGCUGGAAAAUCUUCAUUGUUGAAAUCUUUUAUUCGAUGGCCAUAUUCUGAAAUUUACAAUCCAACCAACGAGGAUCAUUAUGCUGUGAAUGUGGUUGAUGAUUCUAUGGGAAAGAAGAAAUAUCUUGUGCUGAGAGAGAUUCCUGAAGAUGGAGUUAAAGGGCUGCUGGCGAAUAAGGAGUCUUUGGCCUCUUGUGACAUUGCAAUUAUUGUUCAUGACAGGUCUGAUGAGUCCUCAUGGAGGGCAUCAUCUAAACUUCUUGUAGAUAUUGCUGCUCAUGGAGAAGAUUCUGGCUUUGAGGUGCCUUGCCUUAUAGUUGCUGCUAAAGAUGACCAGGUUUCAUUUACAAUGGCUGCACAAGAGUCUACUAGGGUUAGUCAAGACAUGGGAGUAGAGGCUCCUAUUCCAAUCAGUCUGUUGUUAGGUAAUCUCAACGAUCUAUUCCUCCGAAUUGUAACUGCUGCUACUAAGCACCCUCAUUUAAGCAUUCCUGAAACUGAUGUUGGAAAAAGCCGCAAGCUGUACACAAGACUCGUGAACAAUACUGUUCUGUUUGUUUCAGUUGGAGCCGCAGUGGCAAUCGUUGGAGUGACUCUAUUUUCUGCAGGAAAAAAUGCGCAGGUUUCAUGAAUGAGUAGAGGGUGAAGUAUUGUACAGCACUUAAUUAAUUCAUAUACUAUCGGUUCCAGUUAAUUAACGUAACGUUAUAAAGAAUGAAGCAUCAUUAAAUAUGUGUGCUAUGAAAAGCUUACAGUCUAUAUUAUGUAUUUUUUUUUAGAGGGAUAAU